GUCGAACGCGAUCUCCUCAGUGGACUGGGCGCCGGAGGACUUGAGGCAUUUGCUCUUUCUGGAUAUGAGCAGCAACAAGCUGAGCGAGCUGCCCCAGCUGCACAUGCCGGCGUUGAGGAGAGCAGAUUUCAGGGACAACGAGAUUGUCUCGUGCGCCAAGUUCUCCGGGCACGCGAGUCUGCAGACGCUGCGCCUCUCUGGGAAUCAGCUCUCCUCCGUCCAAGGGCUCCAGGCCAUGCCUAAGCUCGAGGUGCUGGAGUUGAGCGGGAAUGCCCUCUCGAGCCUGGACGUGACCAAGUUGCCGGCCUUGGCCAGCCUCGACAUCUCCAAGAACAAGUUUGAGACCUUGGCCGGCCCCUGGCAGGAGAUGGCAGCCUUGGCCUCUCUGGACGCAUCGGGCAAUGCCCUAGCCGAGGUGAAAGCUUUGGAGCCGUUGCAGCAGAUGGAGGCGCUGAGGAGCUUUGCCAUGGCGGGCUGUCCAUUGGAGGAGCAGGAGGGCUUGAACCUGCGCUUGGAGAUCCUCAUCUUCCGGACGCUGCAGAUGAUCAACGGGGAGGAGGUGCCGCCGGAGGAGAGGGAUGAGGCUCAGGCGCUGCACGAAAAGCGGCUCGAGGAGGAGGCGGAGAGGCUCCGCCAGGAGGAAGAGGCCCGUCUGGCGGCGGAGGAGGCGGCGAAGGAAGGCUCGGCCAACCUUCGAAAGCCCCGGCCUGGGGCGCGCCUGGGUUCCGAGGUGGACCUGGAGGGGUACCAGCGGGCUUGGCGCCUGCGGCACUCUGCCGAUGAUGGGCUGAUGCGCCAGGCCAUUCGAGUCUGCCAGGUCUUCGGCGAGGAGCUCGCGGAGAUGCAGAAGAACCAACCGGCGCUGCUGGAUGUCGCCAGAACAUACUUUCCUCACCUCACCUCUUCAACGUACGAGGCGCUGGCACGCGAGCCGGACAACUUGCGUGUGGAGAAGGACCGCUGCGAGCGGGAGAUGGAGCAGCUGGCGGUGCAGAACUACAGCGCCUUCAUCGGCAGCGCCGAGGUGAUGCAGGGGGUGAAGCAGGAGCUCUCCAGCAUUCAGACGCACCUCAAGGAGAUGGCCGAAAUCCUGGAGCCGACCCAGGACACCAUCUCGGAGCUUCAGGAGAAAGCUGCAGGUCUGAGCACCCGCCGCGGCGCGCUGCGGAACGUGCUGGCGCAGCACGGCCAGGUGGUGGAGCUCCUGGAGCUGCCGCAGCUGCUGGAUGCCUGCGUGCGGAACCAGAUGUACGAGGAGUCGUUGGAACUGCUCGCCUUCUGCCACUCCUUGCUGCAAGCACACGAUGCGAGGGGCGAGGAGAUUGGGGUGCUGACCAGCAUCAAGGACCAGGUGGCGGUGCAGAGGGCGAACCUGCGCGAGGCAUUGGCCUCGCAGCUGAAGACGGACAUCCACCUGCCCGCGUGCGUGCGGAUCGUGGGCUUCCUGCGGCGGUGCAUGCGCCACUCCGAGGAGGAGCUGCGGAAACUCUUCAUCGAGCACCGGAGCAAGUUCCUGGAGAGCCACAAGCAGCAGGUGGAGCUUCUGAGGCACAGCCGGGGGAGCGUUGGGACGGCGCUGCGAAAUGCCGCAGACUUGCUGCGCACGCAUGUCUACGACAUCGGAACGCAGUACAAGGCGCUUUUUCCGCAAGAUGACGGGCCUUUGGGUGCUUGGUUGAACAGUCAGGUCAUGUGGUUCGUCUCGCUGCUCCGACAGCACGUGUUGCCUAGCGGUCCCAGCGCCAAAGGUUCGGCGCUGGCGGCCAAGAUCGACGCUGCCCAGCUGACCACGGUCUUGCGGCAAUGUGUCCACGCCUCGUCCACGCUGAAGCGACUAGGGGGCCACUUCUUCCCUGCGGUGUCCGGGAUCUUUGAGGCGCGGAUGGAGAGCUACUGCCGGGAGAUGUUGGACGCGGCGUUGCUCACCUUCCACGCGGAGCUGGGGCGCUACGACUGGGUGCCCUCCACCGCCCUGAGCUCUGGGGAGUCCGCUGGCUGGCUGCACCCACAGGCUCUGGAGCUCACACGGCACCGGCCUCUGGCGGUGCUCACCAACGACAUUGUGCAGGUGUUCAACGAGCUGCGACAGUGCACCUUGUACGGGCUGAGGGUCUCCGUGGUGACGCACUGCUACGAGUGCGGCAUGGCCUCGGUGAACUUGCUGCGCUCCGUGCUGGCCUCCCAGAGCAUCCGGCCAGGCUCGCCCAAGGCCGCCGAGUUCCAUAAGCUCUGCCGGAACUUUGCGGACAUCCUGAUGCCGCUGGUGGCCUCCCACCUGGAGGCCCUCUUUGGCAGCUUCGCGAGGCUAGACGUGGGCGCCAUCGUGGGGUCAAUGGUGCCGGAUCUGAUCACCGAGUAUCUCCCGGAGCCCGAGCUCUCAGAGCUGCCGGAAGAGGAGCCGGCGGAAGCGGCGGAGGCGGACGCGGCGGAGGCGGAAGCGGAGGCGGCGGAUGCCGAGUCCAGAGGCCUCGCCUGCGCCGCCGGCGCCGGAGGGAAACCUUUCGAUGCCGUGACGCCGCAGCUCGCGGCCAAGAACCGGUCGAAGAGGAGUAAGGAUGGCAGAGCCUAUCCAGAGGAAGUGAACACCUUCUACGCCAACGUGCUUCUGGCCCCGGCCUUUUUCAAGCCCAUCCCAGGUGGGCUUUCUGAUUGGCUGCGGCUGCGGGGCUGCGGGCGCCGACCCUUUCUGGUCUUGAUUGAGCUCCUGUGGUGCAUAUCGCUGGUCUUCGCUUCGGAAGCCAGGACCCGGGGCAGCUUCUUCGCUGCCUUCGUGGCGGUGGCGCUGUGCUGCGGCGCGGCGGAAGCCGUGCUGGAUGGCGCCUCAGUGGAGCUCAUGCGCAACCUCAACCUUUGCGGGGCGGAGGUGCAAUCCACCGCCUUCGCCUUCAAGACGGCCGGGAGCCUCCUGGCCUUCGCGACGAGCCCUUUGCUCCUGGCGACCUGUAGUCAUUACACAGCGGCCAAAGUGUGCGCGAUUGUUCCUCUAGCGGCGGUUCCCGUCUCCAUGUUCGCCUCCUUCCCCGUUCCGGCAUCGGCCUCGUGUGGCCCAAGCCGCAGAGGCCGCGUCGUAUCUGCAGCCGCCCUCUUUGGCGCCUGCUUCCUCUUCCUCCGGGGUGCGGUGCCCACUGAGGGCGACACCUUCUCGAGCUUUAUGUCCACCAAGGUGAGCGGCGCGUGGGUGGCCCUCACCACGGCCGGGUCCAGCGUCGGGGGGCUGCUGGCGCUGCUGGCCUUCCAGGCGAUGCCUGCGGACGUUACCAAGCACUUGGUGUCCACCAUUUGCGCCACGACAGCCACGGCAGUGGUGGUUGGAGGAGGCGUGCAGUUUUUCCUGGCCGCUGCCGCCCCCAGCGCGGCCUGGAUUUACGCCUUGGGCGCUACCGUGGUAGGUGCAGUGGACACCUUGUUCUUCUUGCCCAACCUGGCGAUCUGCGCAGAUUGUGCGCCAAAGGACUUUGGGGCCUUGGGCUUCGCGGUGCUGAGCCUCGUCUUGGACCUGGGGGACCAGGCCUCAGCCCGGAUUGCGGCGCAGCUGGUGGAGGCCAACCACCUUGGAUCUGGCCAGGGCCGCAGCUGGGCGGCGCUCAGCCGCCUGGUGCUGAUCUGCCGCCUCGCCAUGCUGCUGCCGCUGGGCCUCCUGCCCUUCCUGCGCCUCCUGCGAGGCAUGAGCCAAGGCGCAGAGGCUCGGCGAGGCGAUGAGGGGCUUCCAGCAGAUGCAGACCUCUCUCUGGCAGCCUGCGACUGACUCGAUUA